AUGUUCUUCUUCUUUACUGCUGAGUUCCAUCAUGGUGACUGCUGGCAUCUUCCUGAGGUUUUCUCUCUGUGCCUCGUUGGUUCUGGUUACUCAGGGCUUUCCAGUUAAAGGCUCUGAAUUCCAGGACCAGAGCAGCAGURGCUCACAYAAAGGAGGUCAUUUUCACCAUGGAGGAGCUGGAGACCACUAUGCACACACGUCUCAUGGUGUCUCCAAAGACUUCCCUAGAACAGUGCAAGGUCCCAGCUUCUCCCAGUUUGUCCAGCCAGAUUAUGCAUCAGGUGGUGUGAGCUCUAUGCCUGCAGCAGGAUACCCUGGUGGUGCUGUCUUUAUGCCUGUUCCAGUUGGAUAUUCACAGCCUGAAGCUGCACAGUCUGGUCCACCUGAGACCAAGUGGACUGUUCCUCCUCAAAUGGUCCCUGAAGAGGGCUCCAGUGAUCUCCCAGCGUCCCCUCCUCCUCCACCAUCUGGUCCUGUCUUCCAGUCUGGAGAAACUUCCAGUGUCUCGAAGGAUGCUGAAGUUGGCAAAUCCCAGUAUGAAAGUGAAGAAAUUGGCUACCCAGCUGAGUCUACGUACCCUGUUGCCAGUCCCUUCAUGCCAGUUUUUUGGGGUUACCCUGGUCUGUACCCCUACUCUUACCCAGUAUUUGACUACAGGCUGCUGUAUGGUCUGUACCCUCCUGGUACCUACACCACCUUCAGCAAAAGCCAUGAGAAGGGCAAGGACUACUAUCAGAACAUCCACUACUUGAAAGAACAUGGACCUGGUCAUGGACACCAGCAGAAAGUCUUCCCAAGAUCCUCCUAGUGCUUCACAACUAGUCAUAUGUAGCUGCACCGUUGUGAAUUUUAAAGUUUGUGCYAAACUUAGUUUUUCCUUUCCCCUGCAGAUACUCCUGCCAUUUUUAUUUUUGGUCAAAUAAAGA